AUGCCUACCCGGAAAUCCACCGACACCCAAACCGACACAGACGGCCCCUCGCCGCAACCGCAGACGCAGACCUCCCCAGUCCAGAACGUCCAAGCAACAGAGCAGCAGCUUAAAGCUCGUGCCGAGGGCGUGAGUAUCGAGGACUACCUCCUCCCGCGAUCGCUCACCCUCCGACUAGCGAAAGCGGUCCUACCCCCCAACACAGCCAUCCAGAAAGAUGCGGUGCUAGCGAUCCAGAAGGCUGCGACGGUAUUUGUGUCGUAUCUUGCUUCGCACGCGAACGAGGCGACGCUCAAACGGACGGUUACACCCGCGGACGUGUUUUCUGCGCUAUCCGAGCUGGAAUUGGAGGCGUUCCAGCCUAAGCUUGAGAAGGAGUUGGAGGUCUUUACGGAGAUGAAGGCCGGAAAGCGGAAGGGGAGGAAGUCUGGGGCAGGGGGUGGUGAUGAGGCUGGGGCUGUGCAGCAAACCCAGGAAGAUGAUGAGGAGAGCGCGGUGCGUGAGGCGAAGAGGGUGAAGCGUGUUGAGGAGGGGUCGUCUAGUGCUCAGGCUGGGGAGGAGGAAGACGACGAUGAUACGCAGGAGGAACAGGAGCAGGGGUUGGAGCAUGAGGAGGAAAUUGAGGAAGACGAGGAGGACGAGGACGGGGAUGAUGACGAGGAUGAGGAUGAAGAUGAGACACAAGAAGAGGACAUUGAUCGAGUGGAAGAUCUGGAUCGCGAUUCGCGACCGAGGCGGACGAUGGAUCCUGAUGCUGCGGAUGAGACAGAGAGCGAAGACGAGUCGGGGCCUGGGAUGCAGCUGCAGAGUGGGCUGGGUUUGGGAUAG